UGAAAAAUUUACGGGAUCGGUAAGCGAUAAGCGCAUCAAACCCGCCUUGGAAGCCGUCAUAUAAAAGCUUAAACGGAAGGUGACUAUCCAAGAAAAGAACGAGUGGAGUAGUCAAUAUGAUUGUGAUAUUAUUGAAACUGGAUGAAUAGAAACAUUUCUAGAUAGAUAGACACUCAUGUUUCUAAAAUUAUCCCCAUAGAUAUUUGAUCAUUAUAGACGUUUCUUUUCUAACUGUAGAUGCAAAAUGCUUACAUAAUACGUCAUAUAAAUCCAUCGCUUCAACCUGCAAUAAAUAUACACUUUUACAUUUUACAGGUUUUUUUCAAUAUUUACAUGUUGUCUCAACAUUCUAAAAGAGACCACUUAAACAAUCAAUAAGUCUUUUUAUUGAAUUUCAUUUAUAUACCUUAUAAUCAAUUGCAGAAUAAAAUGUCCGAGGAAGAGAAACAAGUAGUGGAGGCAGAUGCCGAAAAUUUGUCUGAUACAGAAUUGUCGAAAGAAGAAAGAUUGGAAUUGGCUCGUAAGAAGUUUGAAGAAUUGAAGAAGAAAAAGAAGAACAAGAAAUCAAAGAAAACUAAGAAGGAAGAUGAAACUGCUGGAGCCAAUGAUACAGAAGAAGCAGUGAGUCGAGAAGAAACUCCAGUGGUAGAUGCUUCAGAAGAAAAUAAGGAUGAAGAAAAUAAGGAUGAAGAAACUAACGAAGAAGUCAAAUACGAAAGUAUUAAACCCGAAGUGGAAGAAUCAAAAUCUACAGAACCCGAAGUUAAAGAACCCAAACACGAGACUAAAGAAGCAGUAUCUGAUCCACAAACAGAAAUAGAACCAAAACCAAAGGAAAAUGAAACAACAGAAGUGAUACCAGAAGCCCAAGUAAUACUGAAUGCCGAAUCAGGAGAAGAAAUCAAGACCCUUAAAGAAACCAUUGAACAACAAAAGAAUACUAUCAAAAAAUUAAGAGACGAAAACACUGAUUUGAAAUUACUUAAGAUGGAUCUUAAUGAUAAAAUUGCUGAUUUGCAAGAAGAGAUCAAAGCAUUAAAAUCUGGAUCUGGAUCUAGAUCAACUAUUGCACCACAAGUAUCAACUUCUCAAUCCUCACCAAUCAAACCAGUAGCACCAGCAAAACCAGUAUAUACUCAUAACGAUUAUGCUACAUUAUCACAACAAAACUUUGCCAAGUUCAAUCAAACAGAAGAUUUCAGAGAAAAAUUAAUGGUAUGGAAAGGUUGGCAAGUUGAUAUGACUAGUUGGAAUGAAAUUCAAACAGUAGCCCUUUAAUAAACUUUAUGAUUCAAUAUAAAUUAAUUUAUUAUUA